GUGACUGGACAUGAGUGAGUACUACAGAACAAGUAUAUAUGAAGAGAGAGGGACAGACACUGAGCUUCAGAGGACAAACAACACGUCAACAAGCAAAGAUUUCAGCUGACAACCAUGAGGGUCAUUCACGUUGGUCCAGACCCUUCUCUGACAUAUCGUCCCAACUUAGAGAAGGACGAAGCCAAAAAGAAAGAAGACUACAGAAACUUUGAGACUGGGAGCCUAUUUGAUCGCGUCUUCAGGACGUAUAAGCUGAUGCACACCAACCAAACUGUGGACUUUGUGAAGCAAAAGCUUUCUCAGUGGACAGCCUGCAACCACACCCAGAUGGAGAUGAUGGACGCCAUCUUGGCUCUGAACCAGCUGGUGGAUGAAUCUGACCCUGACGUGGACUUUCCGAACUCUUUCCACGCAUUCCAGACGGCUGAGGGCAUCCGCCAAGCUCACCCAGACAAAGACUGGUUCCAGUUGGUGGGUCUGAUUCAUGAUGUUGGGAAGAUGUUGGGUCUUUGGGAAGAGCCACAGUGGGCUGUAGUGGGCGACACCUUCCCUGUGGGAUGCCAGUAUCAAAAGUCAGUUGUGUUCAGAGACAACACCUUCCUCGAUAACCCAGACGACAAAAACGCCAACUACAACACUGAAUAUGGGAUGUAUGAACCAAACUGUGGGCUCAACAAAGUCCUCAUGUCCUGGGGCCAUGAUGAGUAUCUCUACAGAGUCCUGAAGUUCAACAACUGCUCCAUCCCAGAAGAGGGUAUGUACAUGAUCCGCUUCCACUCGUUCUACCCAUGGCACUCUCAUGGAGACUACAUGCACCUGUGCAACGACAGAGACCUGCAGAUGCUGCCCUGGGUCCAAGAAUUCAACAAAUUUGACCUGUACACAAAAACCACUGAACUCCCCGACGUGGAGAAGCUGAAGCCCUACUACCAGUCUCUGAUCGACAAGUACUGUCCAGGAACACUGAAGUGGUGAAGGAGACGACAAAGGGACGGCCAUGAGUCGACCAGUUACUGUGGCUAUUCUUAAUAUUUUAAAAUAAUACAAUGUUUAUAAAUAUUGUCGACACAUUUAUCAAUGAUUGCAUUCAUAAAAGCAAAUCUUUCUACUACAAUGAUGACCUGGUGAAUACGUGGUGCAUUGAUUAUCACAAGGUCACGCCCUUUAGUUGUGUUUGCAGAAGUGAUGACAUUUACAAGGUUUCUUGAAUGCAUCCUAAAGCUGCUCCUCUAAUCUAAACCAUGGAUGUAUUACAAGAACUGGAUAUUGCACCGCCCCCUCCGAUUUGCAGCCAAUUUCUUCCAGUGGUCAAUCGUGGUACUGCAACAAAAAGUACUCCUUGAGACAUGUGAAUAUAGGUAUAGAUCUUUAUAUUCCAUAUUAUUAACUCACAGUUAGAUUUUUGUUAAACCUUCCUAAAGGCCAUAAAACACCCAGAAAAAUGUACGAGCUCACUAAUUUACAAUAAAAUUUAAAAGUACAUAGAUGGGUUUUGUACUGAUAUUACUGAUAUUGUUAUAUGUCACUGAUAAUUAUGACUCAUUUUCAAAUAAAAUUUUAUAGAAAAGGA